AUGGGAGGAGGGAGCUACGGUGGUGGCAUGGGCGGUGGUGACAUGGGCGGUGGUGGCAUGGGCGGUGGUGGAGCAGCUGCGCCAAUGGCACCACCACCGCCCAUGCCUAUGCCAGGACCGAUGCCCCCAUCAGGAGGAUAUGCUAGCGGCGGCGGUGGCAGCGGCUAUGGUGGAAGUGGCGCGAGCAUGGGAGGCAGUAUGGGAGGAGCAAGCAUGGGAGGAGGAGGUAUGGGUGGUGGAAGCUAUGGCGGCAGCCCAUCUCCACCUUCCGGAGGAUAUUCGCAAGGACCAGCACCACCUCCUUAC